GGUGCCUAUACCGCGCACGCGCAAAUACUUCACUCUACUUCCGGGUUAUACUGCACGUGUUUGUAAUGGCAGUGACUCUACAUACAGACUUGGGGGACAUAAAAAUUGAACUGUUUUGUGAACGUGCUCCAAAGUCUUGUGAGAAUUUCUUAGCUCUUUGCGCAAGCGGCUUCUAUAAUGGCUGUAUCUUUCAUCGGAACAUUAAGGGGUUUAUGGUGCAGACCGGAGACCCAACAGGUACUGGGAAGGGAGGAACAAGUAUUUGGGGGAGAAAAUUCGAAGAUGAAUUCAGUGAACAUUUCAAGCACAAUGCUCGUGGUGUGGUUUCAAUGGCCAACAACGGCCCUAACAGCAACGGAUCCCAAUUCUUCUUCACUUAUGCUAAACAGCCUCACCUGGAUAUGAAGUAUACAGUGUUUGGAAAGAUAAUAGAUGGCUUGGAGACAUUGGAUGAACUUGAGAAGCUGCCUGUAAAUGAGAAGACCUUUCGUCCUCUAAAUGAUGUCAUCAUUAAGGAUGUGACGCUGCAUGCAAACCCAUUUGCCACCUAGAUGUGGUCAAAGCUCCUGUGAAGAAGGUAUAGCAGAGUAAGUUUUUUUCCAGUGAUCCUACCAUUUUGACGUCAUAAACGAUGGCCACAGGCAGAACAAGACACCCAAAGAUCUCUGGAUGGUGAUCUAGUAUUUGACUUUAUGGAUUAUUUUUAAAUUCUGUUCUCAGAGAGAUCUUGGCAAAACAGUCAUUGCUAUGAAGAUGUUGUCCUUUCUUGAAUUAGACAGGAUGGCUGUAGGGUUUGACAGUCUUAAAAAUUGCUUCCAUUUUCCAAAUAAUUGGCAGCCCCCACCCUCUCCCUGCAGGGUUUGUUGGAUCUUUCCUUAUAGAACCUGUGUAUUGAUAACUUAAUGCUGAUUGUCUAGGCCAGGUCUUAGACAUUAGACAUGCAAAUUUAUGAAAAAAGCAGGAAAAGGUGUGAAUCUUAUUUCACACAACUGUAUGUGUCGCUCAUCAUUCAUUUCUGUAAUGCUGAAAACUGUUUCAUCAAUACAUACAGACCAUUGUGCACAUUUGUGGCAACUAUAUGUAUAUAAAUAAAGGUAAUCCUUUUCUACA